UAACAACACACAUUAAAAAGUGGGGGAAAAGUCAGCUAUGUGGAAAUAUUUAUAAAAUUGUAUAAUAUUUUCAUUGAAAAUGUUCUGUGCAUUUACUGUUUGUUGCAUUUUUACUCCUCACACACACACACACACACACACACACACACACACACACACACACACACACACAGUGGGACAGCAGGAGAUGCUACUGCUACUGAUUCACUCACUGAUCCAAUCAGUCAAUUACAGGAGGGGUUUGUGUGUAUAGAGUUGUAGCCCUUUGUGAGGACCAAAUGUCCAGAUGAUAAAAAUUCCUGAUAGUUUUGACCUUGUAGCAACUUUUUGGACUUUUAUCCCUUCUUUUCAGUUUUCAUCAAAAUUUUCCCUGCUGUAAAACAGACAGGCCUCCAGGUCUGUUCAACUCUCUCCACACUCUAAAGUGGAGAUAUGAACACAUUGCAUGCUUGGUACGUGUGUGUGUGUGUGUGUGUGUGUGUAUUUUCUCUGUACAGGGCGAUUGAGCCGUUUGAUCUCUUCCUCCUGUCCAGUGCACAGCAGGAGAGAGAGAGAGAGAAAGAGAGAGCGAAUGAACAGAGGGAAGGACACUCCGAGUGAACAUUUUGACGAUGGAGGAACAAACGCACCUUCUGCACUACACUAACUCUGAUCUUUAUCUUCCUGCUCCAUAAGGACCUGAGUGUGUGUGUGAGAGAGAGAGAGAUGGAUCUAACAGAGGAACAUUUUGGUUCUGGUUGGUGUGGUGGUUGUGAGAAUGAGAGUGGUUCGAAUUGGGGUUAUUCAGAUUACUCAGCCUUCAGCCACUCUGAACUGGUUGCUGUAACGACAGUGUGUGUGCCACUCCUGGUGUUUGGCUUGAUGGGUAAUAUUUUAACCAUCUUGGUGGUGUGGCUUCGCCCCCAAAUGAGAAGCACCACCUACUUUUACCUGAGCAGCAUGGCGGUGUCGGAUAUCCUGAUGCUGGUGCUGAUGCCCCUUGACCUGUACAAGCUGUGGUGGUACCGCCCUUGGUUUCUAGGUGACGCAGUAUGUAAACUUUCCCAGUUUGUGAGCGAGUGCUGCACUUUCUCAUCCAUCCUGCAUAUGACAGCUUUGGGGGCGGAGCGUUACGUGGGCGUGUGUUUCCCACUCAGAGCCCGACUCCUUGUGACACGGGGCCGUGUUCGUGUGCUGAUUGGUGCACUGUGGGGCGUGGCUGUUCUGAGUGCAGGCCCUGUGCUGGGGCUGGUAGGGGCAGAGCCUGUGGAAGGUAACCUGACAGAGUGCCGUGUGACUCAGUGGGCGGAGUCUUCAGGCCUGAUGGUGGCCAUGUUGUGGCUCUCUAACCUGUAUUUCAUCAUCCCACUAACAACGCUAACCCUGCUCUACACACUCAUCGCCCGCCGACUACGCCAACGCAGACAUAUCCACCGAGACCACACCCACCGCCAGACCUUGAGAAUGAUGGCGCCGCAGUCAACCCACUGCUCUACAACAUCAUGUCCUCCCGUUACCGUGACAACGUCCGCGCCCUGCUCUGCCCCCGCACCUGACCCCUGCCAGUCCCCUCCCUUUCCAGCACACACUUCUGACCACUGUGUGUGUGUGUGUGUGUGUGUGUGUGUGUGUAUUGUCAUCUAAAUGGAUUCUGGGAAGAAUCUGUUGCUUACCAGGAACAGAACCCCCCAGAAGACGUGUGUGUGUGUAUACUUGCUACAUAUUGAGCACCGGAAUAUGUUUUUAACCAAAAGACUGAAGACAUUUUGGCUGGUCCUUGCUUCUUCAAAGGGCUGUUUAAGGGUUAAGGCUUAGUUUUAGGGUUUAGGUUAAGGGUGAGGUUAGUCAGUUGGUUGUGAUGAUUAAUGUUAUGGUAAGGGGCUAGGGAAUGCAUCAUGUCAGUGAGGGUCUCCGCAAAGAUAGAAGUCCAAGUGUGCGUGCGUGUGUGUUCUGUCCUGUCCCCUCUGUGAUGGUUCAGUCCUAAAUGCUAAUAUUUAGAAAUGUAGUGUGUGAUCAAAUGGUGUGUAUUACCUGUAAUGCACUAGUGAUGGGAAGUUCAGAUCUAUUUACUAACCCAAAUCUUUGAACCUCAUUCAGUAAAAUGAACAAAACUUUUCUAAUAAUUUGUUCAUUGGAACUAGUGUAAUGCUGUAGCCCCUAUAUGGUUCUCAAACACUAAGAGCAACAUGGUUUGGUUCACUUGGUAAAUUCUAAUACACAAGUUCACUUUUGUUAAGCUCUUCAGGGGCUUUUUGGACCAUAGCCUGCUGAGUUAUUCAGUUGAAACGACUGAUUUAGUUCAAGUUCAAUUGCCCAUACGAGAGAGCUGCACCCAUCAAUAAAAAUGCAUGAUAGCUAUUCACUUUAGCCAACCUGGUCAUUAAAGACCAGUUAUAAAGUUAAAUAGAUUAUUAAAUAUAUAUUUAAAAAAAAACCAUGCUGUUCAGCCAGACCCAAAGCCCUGUAGUGAUGAUUAAUGAGUGAAUCAGUUGUCUCUACAUUGAGAAUAUGAAGCAGUUAUGUGACAAGUAAAUAAGAGACUCGUAACUGACAGACUGAAUGAAUCUGAGCCUGAGUGUCACACAUGCACAGCCAGGGGAAAAUGAACAAAUCACUCUCUGAGACAAUUCGUUACUAUAAUGUAGUGGGAACAGUGUGUGUCAUGAAAGAAAGUGUGAAGUUAAAGCUUUGUGAUCUGGAACACUGAACUGGAAGCCACAUGGUUUUAACUGUACAGUGCUAAUCAGGCUGAGACAGAUUCAAAUUCAUACUGUUAGACUUAAUUCUAACGACUGUA